UUUGGUGCUGGCAGAUGCUAUGGUAACGAGCAACGAGGAGGACAAUUUGACGUCAUCUGGCCAAGUUUGACCAAUGAAUAUUGAGGAAUGAUUAAGUCUGAAAGUUAAUGACGUCAUCGAAAAACGUUCUAUUCGACGUCAUCUGAUGAAAAGCGCUAAGUUGUGCUCUACCAUUCAUUAAUACUAGCUGCUGAGAUUAUAAUAGCAGUGUAUAAUGUCUUCAGAGACACAAGCGAGACGGCGCAAGGACAAGAGGAAGAAGAAGGGACGCGCAGAGGCCCCGGGUGCCGAACGGUGGGAGGAUGACUUUCAGCCAGAUGUGCGGGACGAUGACCAGUUCUAUGUAGAGCCAGACUCAGUCAGCGACGAGGGAACCGGCGAUGAGGAGAUAAAGGAGCACCACUCGGAGGGCGGCAGCAGCUGUCUGACCGUGCUCGUCUUCCUCGUCCUACUGGCCGGCGUCGGUGUCCUCCUGGCGCUCUUCUACGUCCAGUCACAGGGCAUCGCACACGUGGACACGCCGGCCCCGCCACCGGCGGCAGCGCCGCGUAUGGAGACUAUCGUGGAGACGAUCGUCGAAAGCGUCGACUCGCCACCGCCUGCUGCCGACCAGGGAGAAGGCGCACCAGCCGGCCAGCAGGAGGUAAUCAGCUCCCCAUCCGCCCCGGUCCCCUCCCCCGACCCCGUCCCCGUCCCUGACCCGCCGGCCGCCGGCGCCACACCCGACACGGACCGGCCGGCGGACCAGGAGAAGGACCACCAGCAGGACCAGCAGGAGGUGGUGCAGGUGGAGGUGGUAGAACAGCCGGUGGCCGAGGUGCGGGUGCUGGUGCAGCCCGUGGUCGAAGUGGUGCAGCAGGUGCAGCCGGUGGUGGAGGUGGUGCACCAGCCGGUGGUGACGACCACAGAGGUGGUGCACACCAGUGAGGAGCUGGUGCCCGUCCAGCAGACGGUGGUGCAGGUGCUGGCAGUGGCCGAGGACGGCUCCGAGCAGCUCGUCUCGCAGGAGGUGGUAGGAGAGGAAGAGGGCGAGAGCCAGCAGCCGGCGGAGGAGGGCGCCGCUGAGAGCCAGCAGCCGGCAGAGGAGGGUACUGCUGACAGUCAGCAGCUGCCUGAGGGCGCCGCAGAGGGUCAGACUGACCACCAUCAGCAGCUGGCAGAGGACUCUGAGGAGGCCACGGCUGCUGACCGGCACGGAGUGGACGCGCCUGACGGAGCCGCCGAUCCUGCCGAGAGCGCGCCGCCGACAGAAGGGGGCGACGCGCCCGCCCAGGUGGUGGAGCAGGUGAUUGAGGAGCACAUCGUGUACGUGGACGCGCCGGCCGAGCAGCAGCAGCAGGUGGUGUACGUGGAGGCUCCGCCGGCCGGCAUCCAGCUGGAGGGCUCCGAGCCGCAGCUGGAGGAGGCGCCGGCCGCCGCGCCGCCUCCGCCCCAGCCGCCCCAGCAGGAGGAGGGGGUAGUGACCGAGGAGAAGCUGGUCCGUAUGCGCCAGGUGGUGAAACAGAUGACGGACGCCGACGGCACGGUGCGGGAGGAGAUCGUCUCGGAGGAGCUGCUGGAGGAUGAUGCCGAAGAGCCAGCCACUGACCAGGUAGCUGCUGAGCCGGACCAACAGCAACCGGAGGAGGCGGCUCCGGUGGCAGACACUGACGAGGGCGUGGACGUGACGGAGCCGGUGGUGGAGGAACCGCGCGAGGUCGCCGAGGAGGCCAAGGCUGUGGAAGACGCCGAGGUCGCUGAUGAAGCAGAAGUAGCUGAGGAAGCCGAGGUAACAGAGGAAGCAGAAGCAGCAGAGGAAGCUGAAGUAGCAGAAGAAGCGGUAGUAGCGGAGGAACCUGAAGUGGUUGAUGAUGUGGAGGUCGCGGUUGAGGACGCUCCUCAGGAGGAGGCUCCCGAGGCCGUGGUAGAAGAGGAGAAGGCGGAGGAAGUGACUUCCGAGGCCGCCGUGGAGGAGCAGGUAGCUACACCGGCCAAUGAGCCGGCCCCCAGCAGUGUGCCACCCCCCGCUGACAGUGUGCCAGUAGAUACUAAUACCCCGCCACCGCCCGUCCAGGCCGCCGAGCCAGUCCAGGAGGAGAAGCCGAAAGAGACGGCGAAGGAGGAGAAGCCAAGUGAGCCCGUGAAGGAAGAGAAGCCGAAAGUGCCGGUAAAAGAAGAUAAGCCAAAGGAACCUGUGAUAGAGAAGCCCAAUGAAGCUGUGAAGGUAAAGAAGCCUAUUGAAAAGCCGGCGGAAAAGGUGGAAACUAAGCCGACUGAAAAGCCUGUAGUGAAAGAAGCGCCAACAGAGAAGCCUGUGGUAAAAGAGUCUCCUACUGAGAAGCCUGUAUUGAAAGAGGCUCCUACUGAGAAGCCUGUAGCGAAAGAAGCGCCCACUGAGAAGCCUGUGGUGAAGGAGGCUCCUACUGAGAAGCCUGUAGCGAAAGAGGCUCCCACUGAGAAGCCUGUGGUGAAAGAAGUUCCCACUGAGAAGCCUGUAGAGAAAGAAGUGCCCACGGAGAAGCCUGUGGCGAAAGAAGUGCCCACUGAGAUGCCUGCGCCUAAGACGCCGGUGCGGGAGGCAGAGGAGAUAGAGCGAGUCCGCGCCGGACAGCGGGAGCAGGAGAAGGCGGCGGACCGGCCGGCUGACCCUCCCGUAGCGAGUGACACUGACCAGCAUGCUAAGCAAGCCGCACAGGCGGCCCCUGCCGUGGACGAGGGUAUCGUGGCGGACGUGGAGGAUGACUCGCCGGACGCGGCCGGAGAGUACGACAAGGCCGACGUCACGGGUCCCGAGGACUGGGACAUCCGCGCUGAGCUGGACGCCGCCGAUAACCUGGUCGAUACGGACGAUGCGGCGGCGCUGAGCGCGUUCGGCGCGAUCCUGGCGCGCCGGCCGCGCUCUCCGCGCGCCCUCUGGGGCCGCGCGCGCGCGCUGAACGCGCAGGCUACUCGGGAGCGCAGCAACAACCUGCUGGACAAGGCCAUCAAGGCGUUCCGCGACGUGCUGGAUCUGGAUCUGGAGGCUGAGGUGCCGCUGCAGCUGUACCGACAGGCGGCAGAGAGCUGCGUCCAGCAGAUGAGGUUCAGAGGCCAGCUGGACCAGGCUGCGCGCAUUCAGCAGCGUCUGAUCCAGAAGUUCCCCGACGACUACAUGCUGAGGAACCACCUGGCCACCGUGUUCAUGACGUACGGACAGAACGCCGCCGCCGAGGAGGUCCUGCAGGAGGUGCUGCGCCUGUGGCCUGAAAACGGCUACGCCAAGGUGCACCUGGGCUUCAUCCGGCGCCAGGAGGGCAACCACUCGGCGGCUGUGACCCUGAUGCAGGCCGGGAUCGACUCGGACGAGCCGGGCGUACACGACAAGCGCUUCUACUACGCGCUGGGCGACUCGUACGACCGCACCGGCCGCCGCGACCUGGCGCUCAAGGUAUAUGAGGAGGGUGUGAAGCGCGGCCUGCUACUCAGCGUCCUGCAGCGGUCUCUGAUCAACGUGGACCGUCUGACCGGGAGGCCGUACUGGACGCCGGAGCAGGCGGGCAGUCAGGCACUCAUCAGCGAGCUGGAGGCCCAGUUCCCCACCAUCCGCGGGGAGAUGCUGGCGCUGCUCGACUCCGAGCGGCCUGAGGACGGCUUCCAGCCGGAGCAGGAGCAGCUCAGCAAAGAGGGCGACUGGAAACAGUACACCAUGUACCGGCGCGGCCGGAAGAACCAGUACGCCUGCGUCAAGACGCCACGCACGUGCGAGAUCAUCGACAAGUUCCCCGAGGCCGCAGGCUGCCGGCGCGGCCAGGUCAAGUUCAGCAUGCUGGCGCCGGGUACGACCGUGUGGCCGCACACGGGUCCGACCAACUGCCGUCUGCGGCUCCACCUGGGCAUCAAAGUGCCGCCCGGCACCGGCAUUCGUGUGGCCGGCGAGAAAAGGACCUGGGAAGAGGGCAAGGUGCUCAUCAUUGACGACAGUUUCGAACACGACGUCUGGAACGAGGGCACCGAGUCGCGGUUCGUGCUGAUUGUCGACAUCUGGCACCCGGAGCUGACCGAGGACGAGCGGCGCACGCUCACCUCCAUCUGAUCUCUCGGCGGCGGCGCCGACUCCCCAGCAGCUGCCGAGCGCGCCCGCCAGCCGAGGUCGGUGCGGAGAGACUGGACUGGCGCGCGGAGUGACGUGUGUUCGCCGGACGCUGCGCAGUGGCCGCUAAGGACCGAUGUGUGACCUAUUGUGAUUGGAUGCGGUGCUACUCUCAACUCAGCUGUGACCCCCCCCCCCCACCCCUCCCCUGUGGCGACCCCUGUGAGCCGGUGAUGAUCCCUGUGAACCGGUGUGACCGCCGGGCGCGGCGGACCUCUUGCCGGAGUGUUGUAGGUGUUGGAUGCUGCCGGUUCGCCAGCCGCGGCAGCCGGCGAUGCCUCACGGCUCACUCACUCACUAUACAGAUUACAGACCGACCUUUUAUUAUUCGAUGACAUGGACGAAAUACAGGGUGCGCCGACUGAGGCGUCGACGCGACAUA